UGAGCUGAGGGGCGGCGGCGGCGGCAAAGAGAGGCCGGCCGAGGACUCGCGGUGGCCGGCUCCCAUCCUCUCGCUGGCCAAGAAAGCCUCGGAAAACUUAGCAGCCGGCUAUGGGAGCGCCCUGAAGUCCGCAGCUUUGGUAGGACUCGUGCCCAAACCGCUCAGCAAUGACAGCCCAGCCAACCCAACAGCCAAAUUCCACAUGAUGGAAGAACGUUCAAAUCUCAUGAACAUGAUGAAAUUGAGUGUUAAAGUCUUAAUCCAGUCAGCUCUGAGUUUGGGUCGGACCCUUGAUUCAGACUUCCCUCCUCUGCAACAGUUCUUUGUUGUGAUGGAACACUGUCUCAAGCAUGGACUUAAAGCUAAGAAGAGUUUCAUUGGACAGAACAAAUCAUUUUUUGGACCUUUAGAGAUGGUGGAGAAACUUUGUCCAGAAGCAUCAGAUUUAGCAACAAGUGUCAGAAAUCUGCCAGAGUUAAAGACCCCAAUUGGAAGAGGCAGAGCUUGGCUUUAUCUUGCUGUGAUGCAAAAGAAACUGGCAGACUACCUGAAAGUACUCCUGGACCACAAGAAUCUAUUGAGUGAAUUUUAUGAACAGGAUGCCUUAAUGAUGGAAGAGGAAGGAGCUGUGAUCAUAGGUCUACUUGUGGGACUGAAUGUCAUUGAUGCAAAUCUCUGCUUAAAAGGAGAAGAUUUGGACACCCAGGUUGCAGUGAUUGAUUUUUCCCUGUACCUUAAAGAUACACAAAACAGUGACAGUAGCAAAGAAGAUGGAGGCAUUACUGCUGUGCUUGAUCAGAAACAUUAUGUAGAAGAACUUAACCGCCAUCUAAGUUGCACUGUUGGAGAUCUGCAGACCAAGAUAGAGUGCCUAGAGAAGACCAAUUCAAAGCUCCAGGAAGAGCUGGCAGCAGCAACUGAUCGGAUCAGGGCACUUCAGGAAGAGCAGCAGGAGCUGAAGCAAGAAAAUGAACUAAUCCGUGAACGAAGCGAAAAGCAUGUCGAGGUAACAAAACAGGACACCAAAGUUGAACUGGAAACAUACAAGCAGUCACGGCAAGGCCUGGAUGAAAUGUACAGUGAUGUCUGGAAGCAACUGAAAGAGGAGAAAAGAAUCCGAACGGAGCUGGAAAAAGAGCUGGAGCUGCAGAUUGGAAUGAAAACAGAAAUGGAAAUUGCUAUGAAGCUCCUGGAGAAAGAUACUCACGAAAAACAGGACACUUUGGUGGCACUUCGCCAGCAGCUGGAGGAAGUUAAAGCUAUCAAUUUGCAGAUGUUUAAUAAAUCUCAGAAUGCAGAAGGUUCGUUGCAGCAGAAAAGUGAAGCGAUAUCAUCCUUUGAAGGCAAAACGGAUCAAAUGAUGUCUUCUGUCAAGCAGAUGGAGGGCAGAUUGCAGCAUGCAGAAAAGGCCAGGCAGGUCGCAGAAGAAAAAAAUGUCAAACUGAAACAAGAACUGGGUGGCAAAAUUGUGACCUUGAAACAGCAGCUAAUCCAGCUGGAUAACAAGUGUUUAACUCUUGAGAGAGAAUUAAAAUCCGAGAAAGAGCAGCGGCAGACCCUGCAACAUCAGCUGCAUCAAGAGAAGGACACUACAGCUUUGCUAAAAACAGAACUGCAGCAAGUGGAAGGGUUAAAAAAAGAGUUGCGAAAACUGCAGGAAGAGAAGCAGCAAUUGGAAAAGGUCUGCGAAGAACAGGAGCAAGCCCUUCAAGAAAUGGGGCUUCACCUUAGCCAAUCCAAGCUUAAGAUGGAAGAUAUUAAAGAAGUCAAUAAAGCAUUAAAGGGUCAUACAUGGCUAAAAGAUGACGAAGCAACACACUGUAAACAAUGUGAGAAGGAAUUUUCCAUUUCAAGAAGAAAGCACCACUGUCGAAACUGCGGUGACAUCUUUUGCAACACUUGUUCCAGCAAUGAACUUGCACUUCCAUCCUAUCCAAAGCCUGUAAGAGUUUGUGAUACUUGCCACACUUUACUGCUUCAGAGAUGUUCAUCUUCUUCCUAAGACAUUGGCUUGUCUACAGGAAAAUCAUUUAAGACCGAGAAUGAACCAAAUGUUUGCUUUUUUGGGAAUCUAAAUGCCACCAGUAUGUAUCACACAACUUUCUUAUGGUACUGUUUCCCAUGAUAGAAUGGGACGAGGUUUAAUUUAUACAAAUUGGGCUUACAAAAAUAAUAAAAAUUGUUAAUGCAUAGAAUCUGCCGAGAUAACUCUAAAUGUGCUCAAUGUGCUGCAGUCUUGAGAUGCGGUCAUACUUCUGGUUUUGUUUUUAAGAUGUAAAAAGCUAUCGUUUGUACUUUUA